GAACACGAGCUCGCUUCGCAGCCAGAUUUGGACAAGGAGAUUGUUGACAAACGAUGGACCGAACUACAUCGGAGGAAUGCCAAACUGGUCCAUCAGCACAUCUUGAAAUAUCGCGGUUUCUUGACAAAGAUCGGUCAGGCGGCCUCCAGUAAGGCAGGCAGCUUGCCCGCUCCUUGGGUCGAGGAACUACGGAGCUUGCAGGAUGAGCUGCCCAUCUCCAACUUCCAGGAAGUGGUGCGAACCAUCCAGACGGAUUUGGGACGUCCUCUGCAAGACAUCUUCGAGAACUUCGGCCAGAAGCCAAUUGCCUCGGCCAGCGUGGGCCAGGCGCAUGUUGCGAAUCUGCGGAGCAACCGCAAGAAGGUGUGUGUAAAAGUUCAACAUCACGGAGUUGGCAGUCUCAUGACGGCAGACCUCAAGACGGUCGAGUUUAUUGCUGGCCGAAUGGCCAAGUACCACCCCGAUGCACCAGACUUUUCUGACCUUAUCCGGGAGUGGCGCCGUGCCUCGAAAGAGGAGGUGGACUUCCUGCUUGAGGCGAAGAACGCCACGGAUGCAUCGAAAGCCUUGCAGAAGCGUGGGAUAGACGUAGUUUGCCCGAUGCCCAUCUCCGAGUACUGCGGCAAGAGAGUCCUGACCAUGGUCUUCAUUGAAGGCUGGAAGAUUACGGACGUUGACAAGAUGCCAUAUGGAACAGACCGGGAAACAAUGGCUCGCAACCUGGUGCAUGCCUUUGCUGUGCUGGUCUUCCAGGAAGGCUUGAUUCAUGGAGAUCCGCACCCAGGCAAUGUGUUUGUCGAGCCGGUUAAGACCAACAAUGGUGAUACGCAAGUGCGUCCCGUGCUUUUGGACUGGGGCAUUGUGAAGCGUUUGGAGAAGGACGAGCGGAUCGCUGCAGCCAAGUGGAUAGUGGCUACCUUGGCACAGGAUAGGCUGCUCUAUGUGAACAGCCUGCGGGACCUUGGCUUCGAGUUCGAUGCGGAUCCUGACAUGCCAGAGUUCGCAACGUUCGUGGAAGCAUCCUUGGGCCAAUGCGCCUUCAUGUUCCGGGACUCCAUACCCAGCAACUCUCAGAUGAACUUCUUGCAGCAGAUGCAACAACACCAGGAGAAGGCAGAGAGCCAGGAAAGCAAAACAGGCAAGGACCAGAGCCGCCUUAUCGGGAAGAUCCCGGGGGUCGUGCUCUUCUUCCUACGUGGCUUAGAGAUGCUGCAGAACAUCUGUGGCAUGCUGGAGGUCACGGUUCCUUUCGCGACGAUUAUGCUGGACAGUUGCAUGCCGCUGCUGCAGAGCCAGGGGCGAUGGAGCCCUUUGGCCGCUAUGCCUUAUCCUCCAGGCUGCUCCGCGCUGGAGCAAAAGGUCCGAGCCAAGCUGCAAGCGCUGGACGACCAACAUCUCAUCUUGGCUGCCCAGGUCGCCGUGCUGGACCAAAAAGGGGAAGUGAUGUGCAAAGCGAGCUGCGGGCGGGUGGCCGUCUGCCACGGAGCGGCGAUCUCCGAUGAGACAGUGAUGCCGCUGCUGAGCCUGUCUGCUGGGCCUCUGCUGAUGUCUCUGUUGAGAGCCCUGACACAGCCGUCUGAGACAGGCAAAGCCGUGGCGCUCAGCAGCCCUGUUGCGCACCUGUGGCCGGACUUUACUCAGAAAGGCAAGAGUGCCACCAUCGAGGACGUCCUGCGGCACCAG